AUGGGUAAGGCCCAUGCCGACCCCGAGGACAAGGACGGGCAAACGCCACUAGCAUCGGCCGCACGAAGCGGGCAUACGGAAGUUGCGAAGCUGUUUCUCGGAGCUACUGGAGUUGAUGCCGACUCGAGAGACGGAGAGGGGCUAACGCCCUUGGCUUGGGCUGCCAUAAAUGGCCUUGAAAAACUGGUGGAGUUGUUCCUGUCUGUACGAUAUGUGAAUCCCAAUUCGGAAACCGAUGACCCCUGGCUAGCUGCUGAAAAUGGCCAUGAAGGAAUUGUGAAGCUACUACUCGAGACUCGUAAGGUCUUUGCGGAUUCGAAGGAUCAAUUCUCGGAAACCGCACUAUCGCUCGCUUCCGAGAAUGGCCAUAUAUCAGUUGUGGAUAUCAUAUUGAAGACUGGCAACGUCGAUGCUGACUCGAAAGCUACUGGUGCGUACGGCGCAGGUCGAACGCCACUAUCAUUUGCUGCUGGGAUGGGUCAUGACGAAAUCGUUCAGCGGCUUCUUGGCACGGGCAGGGUUGACCCUGACUCGAAGGCCACCGGGCCAUUCUGCCCAGGUCGAACUCCACUAUCAUGGGCCGCCGGAGGGGGCCAUAAAACUGUGGUGGAGCUACUACUGAACACAGGCAGAGUUGAUAUCAACUCUAAGUCUACUGGCAGAUAUAGUCGACGAACGGCGCUAUGGUGGGCAGCGGCCAACCGGGUAAACGUGGAUCUCAUGAAGAUGCUUCUGGAGAAUGGCGCCGACGUGGAUGUGAGUCCUGAGCAUGGCCAGACACCGCUGUCCUUGGUCGCCGAGGAGGGAGAUGAGGCAGCAGUGAGACUAUUUCUCAAUUAUGGUGCCAAGGCUUAG